UGCACUAUACACAAUGUACAACGUACACACACCGCAAUAUAUCGCAUGGGAUCUUUGCGUCGAGCCGAUUCGAUCGUACAGAAACUUUCGGAAUUCCAAGACAUUUGCCAUCGCUUUUCAACACUUUACAAACUUGAAGGUUUGAUUAGCGAAUGGCGACUACUGUAGACAGCUGUGAAGUUGAGAAGCCAACUGGAAAACGCGACGCAUGUCAAUUCCUUCCAUCAUAGUGGCCUUUAAAAACCCACAUAGGGUGUGAACAAUCCUGCAUUUUGCCAGAGACCAAGUCGACAGGAGCUUCGCACUUCACCAGGAAUUAUUUAGUGCGGGAUCUCCGAGAGCCAAAAGCCAGAUAUUCCCCGAACAUCAUGGCUUGUCAGUACACAUCUUUUAUCUUUUCCCUUGUUGUUACGCUUUCCCUGUUGGCCGGCGCAGUCCAGGCUGAAACUUGUCGAUUGCCAACUAGGCCGAGGAAAUGCAGCUGCUCGGGGACUGCACUGAAAUGCAAUAGGUGGCCGACGUGGGAAAAAGUCGCACAAAACACAACUUCCCUGACGAUAUCAGGAGAGACCACUGUGACGGAGCUGACAACAGACAAUAAACCGAGCAAGGCCCUCCCACAUCUGACAGCAUUGAUUCUGACUGGCAACAAUAUCAGCUACAUUGAGGAAGGAUGGUUUUCCCAAACUGUUUUUGCAGCCCUGGAGGAGAUUAUACUAGACCAGAACAAACUUACCCCCAAUGACACGCAGAGAAUGUUCGCCGAUGUUUCCACCAACCUCCGCCUGUUGAGUCUCACCAAAGCGUUCCUGAAUGUGACUCCAGAUGACUAUGUGCACAAUUUGACAAAUAUCUUCACUGAUGUGCAUUUAACAAAACUGAGAGAAUUGAGAUUGGACGGAAACAACAUUGGCUUCCUCUCCCCAUUCGUCCAGGAGUCCAGCGUGUUGACGUUUCAGGAGCUUCAAAGGUUCACUCUGCACAAGAGCAGUUUACUUGCCAUCAGAAGCGGCACUUUCCAGCAAAAAGUAUUCCCGAAACUGCAAUACUUAGAUUUGAGCAACAACGAGCUAGUCAACAUUGACAAAUCCGUCGUUGAGUUGGACUUUGAGAGCUUCUCCAACGUACAGCAAGACCUCACCAUCGAUCUCAGCGGCAACCCCUUCUACUGCAACUGCCGGCUUGCAGACUUCCAGGCCUGGUUAAAUGCCACGAACCUGGUGUUGGACAAGGAGAAUGUGACGUGCGGGGAUGCGGUGGAUGAGUCCGAGCGUCACAAGCCUGUGCUGGGGUCUAGCUUGCCGUGCGGGCCCAAGCCGGAGGAGAUAGACAUUGACAACGAGCUCCGGCCGUCCUAUAUCAUCCUCAGCGUCAUCCUGGCCCUGGUUGGUGUCUUGGCCCUGAUUGUGCUGUACAUGCGCCGCAACGACAUCAAGGACUACUUCGUGGACCUCUACACCACCACGAAAGAGGCUUUCAACAGCCGUCAGGGCUACGAUGACAUCAACAGGGUUCGGCGUGACACACCAGAGAUGGCACCCACAGAAGUUUGAUCAAGAUGCAGACAUUUGGGUACCGAGUUAGGCGACCGGUACUGUUCAAGUCAAGGCAAAAUCUAUGCAGAGGAUUGUACAUAGUGCAUACAUGUACGUGUACAAAUGUAACUGAUCUACAUGAAUGUGGAGGCAGCACGGAACAUUUAUUGACAUUUCAGAACUGAAGAGAGGCUUCAAUGCAUAAAAUAUCCUUUUUUUAAAUUAUUUAUUUGUUUGUCUAUUCAUUUUUUAAUAGAUUUUCUGCCGGACCAGAAAAUGUACUUGUAAUGCCCUUUUUUACAAUUUUAAGCUUUUAAUAUCUUUUAUCCUUGUGAAUUUUUGGCAAAGGGUGAAGAAUGCACUAGCCGUAAUUUUAAAGAGGUUACUUAAAAAACAAAAGGACCCUAGUUUGAGACAGUUGCGAUAACCGGUGUCCCAAUUUCCAGACACACAAUGGGGUUAGGUUAAGACACGAGCUGCAUUCAUCACUGUGUGACAGCAUCCAUUUUGUGUCCAGAAGUGGGGACAUGGCUUUCACCCCUGAUUUGUGCAGCUGUGAAGUCGAAUGACACUGCAUAAUACUGCAUGUACAUGUACCUGUAUCUAAGUGUAUCUGGCUGUUUGUCAAGAAAGUGUGUCCCAUAUUAACGAUUGUCGAAAAGACAAUGAUUUAAUAGAUUUUAUUACAAUUUCUGCGUCUCAGUGGUGGAUCCUGGGGUACAGAAGGGGGGCUCCCAACGACCGAACUUUACUUAAAUAAGGCAAUUACGCCUCUCCCCCCCCCCCAAAAAAAGAAGAUGUGGAAAAUACAUACAAUAGUAAGAAUACAAUCUGUUUUGAUGUAUGCAUCUUUUUUUUGUAAGUCUUACGAUCUUUUUUGUUUUACGAUGGAUGGCUUUUGUUAAAUUCUGUAAAUAGUGUUUUUUUUUAAACAUCUGUGUAUUUAAAACAAAUAGGUAUGGAGAGUAAGACGUGCAUAGAGAUAUUGCAGUUGGGCAUUUAUGAGGGAAGAUACAAUGUACCGGAAGAUGCUGGAUAUUAGUAAGAUCGGAACUGCUGUUCCAAACUCUAGGAUUUAAGUACGUAAAACAGUGGAUGAUGUAACAGAGAAGUUCACAAGUGACAAGUUGUGGGUCAAUAAACUUCUGAUUCUCGCCCUGUGAUCGGUCAGUCUGUGGCGACGGCAGCUGCCCAUUUGAAUUGAUGUCAGCAGUCGAUGUGAAGUUCUCAAGUGGGGGACAUUUCAUCCCGUCAUCCAUCUCAAAUGCCAGUGUCCGACAACUUGUGUAUUCACGAGGUGAUCUUGUGUGCCGCCCGUGCUUUUAAGCCACAAAUCAAUCCACAUUCUAGCAUCCUUCUGCAUGCUGGAGAUUUGAUCAGCUUGCAUGUUAUGCAUGCGUACGCUGUUUACAAAGCAACUUGAUCAUCCCCAGUCCGGGAAGCAUCUCUCGCUAGGGGUUCACUAACACUCUCCGUUUUGAGUUCCAUCGAUACCCAAAGGUUUUGUUUUUCGCAGUGAUGUGCAUCUUAAUGACAUGGAUACAAAAAGUACAUGUAGGAGUUUUGUGGAAGGUGGACACGUCCCUGACACAUAUUGCCAGUGUACAGUUUGGACAUGUAACCGGUAGAGUUGUGGCCGUUGAAAAAUCUUUCGUUUUCACUGUUUUGUAUUCAAGCACGCCAAUGUUUCGCUUCAAGAAUAAUGGUAAUGCUAGAAAAGAUCACAAGCACCUAAGGAAUUUACAAUUAAGAAUGCUUGUUAAAAUUUGAAGAUUUUUAAAAAUAUGCAAUAAUGUAUUUAUAGCUUUUCACAUCUAAUUUACAAUAAACAUGUAUUGGUCUAUAUUCAUGGGAGAUGUACAGUAAAUAUUGUAUUCUUACACUUCAUAAUGUUUAUGCUACUUUGAACUAAAGAUGGUCAUGUGUGGAGUCUAUGAAGUUUGGCAGGGGACAAAUUCUCCUCUUGUACCUAAUUACAAUGUAUAUUGCUGAUUUACCCCUAACCCCCUAGGCCGUUCUGGCUCGGAACCAUCAUCAAUCCAGCAAAAUCCUCCAAUUGCUAUCAUUUAAAUUUUGGAUUCGGCCUCAAUCCUCCAAAAUUAUCCGUAAUUAUUUCUUGAAGUUGUUCAGUGGAGGAGUGACCAAUGCCUCAAUCCUUCAAAAUCCCCCAACAAUCACUGUUAAUGGGUUGAGGCAGUGCCGAUGACAUUCAGAAGCAGUGCGGAUGAUAUCGAGCAUGAUGCAGGGCUCAAUGUAUGAUUGAACGCAAACAAUGCUGGGUACAGCCUACGAACUCAACACAAUGCAGCGGCCAAAAUCAAGAGACACUUUUUUUGCCAUUCAGCCUCAAUCUUCCAAAAUCCCCCAAAACCGCCUGGAGGAUUGAGGAGGAUCAAGGAGGGUUCGGGUUAAAGGUUCUUACCAUAGAAAGCCAAAUGAGGAUAUUAAUUUUCAAAGCAUUGUAGGGAACGGUUAAGAGUUUUGUGACACUUGCUGAUAACAAAAGUAAAGAAGCACUUGCCUUUUUGUGAUGAGGUUGGUUUUAUUUUUGUAUGGAUAACUUUUUCUUGUACAUACUUUUACAAUCUACUUAGGAACCUAAUCACUUCAUGUACACUGUAGUAAUUAGAAUGCAUACACGUGUGUAUUUUGCUUUUUGGUUGGCUUGUAUUUUUAUAUUCAACUUACUACUGUAUUCUUGAUUAUGCAUUGAUGUUGAAGUAUUAUUUGGCUUUUGUUCUUUUAUAUAAGUUUUACCUUUUGAGCAUAGUAAAGUUAUGUACAUAAUUUUUGUAUGAACUGUUAAGUAUUUAUUUAUAUACUCAGUAGGCUGAAAGUGGUAGGACAAAAAUUAAGAAAUUACACGGGAUCAUGAAGAAAUCAAUUUUGCCUUUUCAAAAGAAAAUCUGUUUUCUUCUGCAUGACGUUCUGUCAUCAAAACGUUGAGGCUUCGGCAUGAGAUCAUGUUAAAAGUUCACCCUGAUGUACAUGUAGGUCGAUGAUCGUGUUGCCGUGGUUUUUCAUUGGUAAAUAUUUUCCAGUUCAGUUGGGUAGAAUAUUUUUUUUUCUUUUUGUGUGAAUACAGUCGACUCUCGUUAAUACAAACUCUAUUAAUACAAAAUUCUGGUUAUAACGAACAUAAAGCCUUGGUCCCGACUGUGCAUUUAUAUGCACAAUGAAUGGGACUGAUGUUCCUCUUAAUACAAAAUUCUGAUAUAACAAACAAUUUGGCUAGGUCCGAACGAAUUUGUUAUAACGAGACUCGACUGUAUUGUUUUUCCUUUUUGUGUGGACGGCUUAAUUACAAGAUUAAAAAAGGGAAAAGAAAUGGGAGAAUAGAGCUCUGUUAGAGGGAUUCAGUCAUUUUGUACCUUUAAAAGAUUUAAGUCAUAUUCAAAAGCGAGCCACUUGGAACAAAUUGUAAAUACAAAUGUGUGAUUGCUUUUUUUUUAAACCAAGUAAUUUUUACCUGCUUGUAAAAGGCAGUAUGCUAACUACUUACUUAUACAUGUAAUUUCUUGGGAGAAAGAGGCAUUGAAUUUGAGUAGUGAUUUUAGGUCUGCUCUUCGACUCUGUUCUGGAAAUCUUGAAUGUUCCUAAAUUAUGAUUAAAUGAACUAUAUUCACAUCCAUCAAAAGUCAUUUUUGACUGCACUGUGCAAGAAAUUGGUGGUAGUACAACAAAUGGUGGUAGCCGAAAAUGUAAUGGUUCAUGGACAAACUUUGUGCAUGUGUUCACUUAACGUUACAUUGAAAAUUUCCGAGUGUAAAAGUGUAACAUCACCUAAAAUGCCAACCGUGAUCCUCACAUGUACACUUCUAUUAAUCUAAAUAUUUAAAAUGUUGAGUUUUGUACCGUCAUGCCAGCACCAUUUGUUUUUGAAUCGUACUUAAAUUUUAUACACAUAUUUAAUUUUUGUUUGAAAGCAUAAAAAAGGUUCCAUCUUUUGCCUUGUUUAAUGACUGUCACAAGUUUUUGGCUAAUGUUGACCACAUUUCGUAUAGUUUUAGUUUGGGUAUCGUGUUAAAUAUUAAUACAGUCGCAGGUUUAAGCCCCGCUGCAGUCAAUUUCUUUGUUUAACUUAAAAAACAAAUAAUAAUAAACUUGGGUUUCUGGCUAUUUUGUUUGGUUCACAUUGUGAAUACUUACAUUACAUGGCAAUGUAAUUGUUUUAAUGCAAUUCUUGGAAAUGCACCUUUGUGUCCCAAAAGGUAUUUAAACUUUUCAUUUUUGCCAUUUUCAAUGGUAUUUUGGUGCCUUUUUGUUUUAAUGCUAAUGAGAAUUUGCAUUUUCUUGAGCAAAGUUGUGAUGUCAUUUCAGGCAGAAACCUCAAAAUGUUACAGCCUUUUCAGCACCAAAAGUUGCCAGAAGUUUGGAUAUUUUGCCGUUGUAAAAUGUUAGUUUCUUUGGUGAUUCGUUUUUGUGUUAGUACAUGGCAGCUAAGCCAAUGAGCAAACAGAUUUAAAAUAUAAAAUAAAAUAAAAAUCUUGGGCAAAAUAGAGUACCGAAGUGAAUACAUCACGCGCACAAUGAGUGUGUAAAAGACAUUAGCGCGUGAUUCAGACCGUGAACCACAGAAAGAUUCCAUAUCUAUGCCGUGAACCAACAAGCGCGUGAACUCCAUUCAUUUGCAUGACACUUUCUGGUUCUAAACGACGUCACACUUCGGUACUCUGUAUGUACAUGUAGAGGACAAUGUGUGUGUAAAAGACAUUAGCGCGUGAUUCAGACCGUGAACCAUAGAAAGAUUCCAUAUCUAUGCCGUGAACCAACAAGCGCGUGAACUCCAUUCGUUUGCAUGACACUUUCUGGUUCUAAACGACGUCACACUUCGGUACUCUGUAUGUACAAUGUACAUGUAGAGGACAAUGUGUGUGUAAAAGACAUUAGCGCGUGAUUCAGACCGUGAACCAUAGAAAGAUUCCAUAUCUAUGCCAUGAACCAACAAGCGCGUGAAUUCCAUUCGUUUGCAUGACACUUUCUGGUUCUAAACGAUGUCACACUUCGGUACUCUGUAUGUACAUGUAGAGGACAAGUAUCUUUGCUUUCAAUACCGCAAUAAAUGCAUCCCUUGGGCACUUGUA